CUCCAGGAUGGCGCUGCGGUACCUGAACCUGCUGGACGAUGAAGACUUCCAGAGAGCCGUCCGGGAGCUCCAGUUGACCAAAAGCAUCUGGACAAUUGACUUGGCCUACCUGAUGCGUCACUUUGGGGUGAAGCACCUGUUCUGCACCCAGACGCUGGGCGUGGACAAGGGCUACAAGAACCAGUCUUUUUAUAGAAAACACUUUGACACAGAGGAGAACCGGGUAAACCAACUAUUUGCCCAAGCAAAAGCCUGCAAGGUGCUGGUGGAUAAACGCACGGUGACCAUCCGAGACAUCCAGGAGCACCUCUCACAGGGCCACAUCGCCAUCGUGCUGGUCAACGCCGUCUUGCUGCUGUGCGACCUCUGCUCCAGCCCGGUGAAGUAUUGCUGCUUCCUGCCCAUCGGCCAGAAGUGCUUCUGCCGCAGCCCCGACUACCAGGGCCACUUCAUCGUCUUGUGUGGCUACAACAGAGCUUUGGGGUGCAUUUAUUACAACAACCCUGCCUACGCGGACCGUGAGUAA